AUGUCUGUCAUAGGUUCUUUGAUUUUCUGCACAGAUUGCGGUAAUCUCCUACGAGAGUCUACCGGCAAUGCUGAUGCGAUUCUUCACUGUGAUGUCUGCGGCACUCGGAACAAAGACACUAUUCCUCAAACUACCGUUUCCGAGUCCAAGCCUUCCGCAUUCCCUUCAGCACUGAGAGCCAAACGAUCGGCAGUCCAGACCCUGUCAGCGGCAGACCGCAUGACCGAAGCUAUCAUCGAGCGUGACUGUCCUGACUGUGGGCGGAAGGAGAUGUUUUGGACUACAGUGCAGCUGCGCAGUGCUGAUGAAGGAAGUACUGUAUUCUAUCGAUGUGUUUGCGGUUUCAAGGAAACUUCAAACAACUAG